UGACUAUAGAUUUGCGGAACGAGAGGACUAACAAUCAAAGUGAUAACAAUGAAACUACCAGAUUCGACAGUAAAUCUUUUUCUAAUCAGUCUAUUGUUGAUUUUGUGCGUUGACUUUUCACAAGCUGGCCGGCACAGCAAACGCAAAAGCAGGCGUUAUAACGACGUGCAUAUCGAAAUCUAUCAUCCGAAGGGCUUGAUGGUGUGGUAUCCGGCAAAACCGGGAGUUGUCCUGUUUGGAAUAGAAAUCAACCUUAACUCAGAGUCGUUGACAUCCUGCGAUGUUUGCUUGAACACCACGGAGAAUUCGUACGGGAAAUUCAUUCUACGAGACGAUGAUGCUAUCGUUCGUGGAGGAGAUCAUCUGGAGUACAAAGUAAUCAAACAGAAAACCAACGGAGAAGCGUAUGUUUCCAAAAGGGAUGAAUUUUUUGUUUCCGAGAGCCGUAUCAUACCUCAACCGGUUGGAUGCCCUCGAAGCAGCGAACCAAACAAACCUGACAAUAAUAUUACCAUGCUACAGCAGAAAGUUACGGUUCUGGAGCGCGUAGUAUCAGACGUGUUUCAACAUUGCAACAACAUUACGCGUUCCAGCAAGAACUUGUAUCUGAAUUUGCGUCCGAUGGAUACCCGGUUGGAUACGAAAGGACUCUUUAACUACACCCUCAGCAUGCUGAAGGAUAUGAUGCCAAGUGUUGACUGGGAUACCGUCCUCAUCCAUGCUUUCUUCUACGACAAUGGCAUCGCUUUUGAGGUUAAAACAUUCGUCGAUAAGCUGAUAGUGCUGGAGAUAUCGAAAGAUUUUACACAAAUUCUAAUCAGCGAUCUGGAUGAUCUGGAUGGGGCGACCACGGAUAACGAAAUCGAAUUGUACGACUCUUGAGAGUAGGAGGCGGUCGCGUAAGGCCUCGUUUGAAUGUUUGAAGUUUUAUAUGUUUUAUGACCUAAUGUUCGAAGUUUUCAAUUGAAAAAUAUAACUAUAGUAGGCAGACACGCGCUAAAAAUAAAAACUGUUUUUCUAAGUUUUCAAAACAAACCUGAACCAUUUCCCCAUCGGAUGACCAGUUUAACAGAGCUAGAUAUUAUUCAAGCAAAGUGACUACUAAGGUGAAAAAACAGCCCAGCAGGGUUA